AUUUCAGAGGGCACCACGUGAAUAAUAGCACGGUCUAAACGUGAAGGUGAAGGUGAUGGCGUCAGUGAAUGCAAUGAUCAUCUAUUUACAGACGAUUCUAGAUGACGAAUAUCGUCUUAUCGUGUAGUAAUAUACUACUAAAAAAUGGCUGAACCACAAGAGCAAAAGAGUAAAGAAAAUACAAGUGCUGGAUUAAAAGAUGUAAUGGUGAAGCACGAGAAACGCGAGGGUACGCUAACAAAUGGCGGGAAGGGAUCCGGCGAUGACGCAGACAGUCUUGAAGAAUUACCGUUGGAUAUUGGCGAACAUUAUCUUGUUCGAAGAUCCGAUGAUUCGUGGCAUCCUGCUGAAAUUAUACAAACACGUUAUAAUGAAAACGAAAGUCAUUAUGAAUAUUAUGUUCACUACGAAGGACAUAAUAGAAGACUGGAUGAAUGGGUACCUCGUGAUAGAAUUAUGUCUAGUAGAUUUGAUAUGAGUGAUCGAAGUUGGAAAAGUGGAGAUAGAAAUUCUAGCAAUGAUUUAUUAGCAGAUUCUUCUGAUCGUAAAAUUACAAGAAAUCAAAAAAGAAGACACGAUGAAAUUAAUCACAUACAAAAGACUUAUGCAGAAAUGGACCCAACGACUGCUGCUUUGGAAAAAGAACACGAAGCUAUAACAAAGGUUAAAUAUAUUGAUAAAAUUCAAAUUGGAAAAUAUGAAAUUGAUACUUGGUACUUUAGUCCAUAUCCAGAAGAAUAUGGUAAACAACCAAAACUUUGGAUUUGCGAAUAUUGCUUGAAAUAUAUGCGUCUUGAAAAAACAUAUAGAUAUCACAUGAGUGAAUGUACUCAUAGACAGCCUGUUGGAAAAGAAAUAUAUCGUAAAGGAACACUGAGCAUUUGGGAGGUGGAUGGUAGAGAACAUAAAAUUUAUUGCCAGAAUCUUUGCUUAUUAGCAAAAUUAUUCUUGGAUCAUAAAACACUUUAUUUUGAUGUUGAACCGUUUCUUUUCUAUAUUUUGUGUGAAGUGGAUAAACACGGAGCACAUUUAGUUGGAUACUUUUCUAAAGAAAAAGAGUCUCCUGACGGCAAUAAUGUAGCUUGUAUAUUAACAUUACCUCCAUUUCAAAGACAAGGAUAUGGAAAAUUGCUUAUUGCUUUUAGUUAUGAGCUUAGUCGAAUCGAACAAACCGUUGGAAGUCCAGAAAAGCCCUUAAGUGAUUUAGGAAAAUUAUCUUAUCGUAGUUAUUGGAGUUGGAUACUUUUAGAAAUUCUUAGAGAUUUCCGUGGAACACUUAGCAUUAAAGAUUUAAGCCAAAUGACUAGUAUUUCACAAACAGACAUCAUAUCAACGUUACAAAGUAUGAAUAUGGUAAAAUAUUGGAAAGGUCAACAUGUAAUUUGUGUAACUCCUAAAUUGGUUGAAGAACACAUAAAAAGUAGUCAAUACAAAAGGCCCAGACUUACUGUAGAUAGUAGUGCAUUAAGAUGGGGUGCACCACCUCGGAAAAAUGUGAAACCUGGUAAAAAGUAAAACGUGAAACGAUUUAACUCAACAAUUUUUGCUACUAUAAAAGUGAUCUAUUAAUUUUUUUGACUAGUUACGUGUUAUGAAUAAAGUAAAACUAAAGAUAGAGUGAUACUCAUCAUAAUAUUAA